AUGUCUAGUGCUCCCCAUCACAGUCAAGUUUUGAAUGAUUCUAGCUCUUUCGUGUUUAUAAAGAACAUUGUGUUGAUUUCUAUCGGAUGUAUUUGCUUUUUGAGAGGACUUUUCCCAGACAAGGCAUUCACGGAUAAGGUCUAUUUUGUUCCCAACGACUAUCAAAAAGACAAAAUAAAACGGGACCAACAAUAUUUGAAAAUCAAAACGUUGAAACAAGGUGUGUAUGAGGAGUCUGAUAAGUUGCUCAAAUGGUUGACCGUUGAAGUGUUGGAAUCCAUCAAAUCUGGUGAACUACGGUCAUUUGCGUUUGUCAUCUUGUCUCACCACAGCGUUAUGGAAUCCUAUAAUUUUUCUUUUGAAAAUCAUCAGACCAGCCAGAAGAAAAGAAAUGAGGAAGAUAUUAUUGAAUUUAGAAGACAAGUUCAAGCGCUCUUGAAAAAUUUGAUCCUUUUCAUCCAAUCCUUGGAUCCCUUGCCUGGUAGUAGAAGUGUCUCCAUACAAUUGCUCUUCAAAGAAGAUCAUGGUCCAAAACAAACUAAGCAGUUUCAUGUUUUAGAAGAGGACUUUCAAAAAGCUAAACUGAAAGUUGAUAGAAACCGUAAUUUAAAAAUGCAAGAUUGUGGUUCGUUCACCACCAAUUUCCAUCAAACAUCCAUCGGGGUUAUAACAAGAAAUCCUUCGGAAUAUAAUAUUCAUGAAAGGCAGACCUUCCUCAGUCCAAUGUAUUCAAGUUUCAAAGGGCCAAGAAUCACCUUGACAGAGGUUUUUACAAAUAUCAACAAAAGGAAUCCGCCUUAUAAAAAAGAAGAUGAAUAUAAAGAUUGUGCUUGCGGUACAAGUGAUGGCUCAUCAUUGAUUAAAUGUCAUACUUGUGGAAGCAGUUGCCAUAAAAAUUGUUAUUUAACAAGUCAUAGAAAUGAUAAUGAUUCCAAAGUUGAGUGUGUGGUUUGUUUUUCGAAAAAGGUAAACCAACCACUUGAUCCUCUCACUGUGCAUACUGUUUUGUUGGUGAGAAAGUGUUUUAACAUCUAUUGUUGUAAAGCAUCUUUGCCUGAAAAGUUAUCUGAUAUUUUUAAUGAUUUGAGAUUUUCUAAAAAAGAUGAUUUGAGCUACCGAAGUUUCCACGGUGCUUUGCAAAACCUCUUCUCCAUGAAGAUGCUUCUUUUCGGUAGCUUAAUUGGUUUGCCUAGAGAAAAUAAAUCAUUUAUUGAAAAUGAUCUAUUUGAAGAUUUCAUGAUUGAUACCCAUCAUAAAAUUAAAAACUCCACGCCAAUCCAAAGAAACUUUAAAAAAGGGGAAUGUUUUACCGUUUACAAUAUUAUUGCUUGGAAUGGAUGCGAGAGACAUAAAAGAUUUCUUAAAGCCCAGCUUUUCAACAACCAAAUACUCAUAAAAGGAAAUUUUGAUUAUCAAAUUGAAGAACAAAAUACCGCAAAUGAUCCAAAUGUCAAAUACUUGGAAAGCAUGGCCCAACGCACUCAAAGUUUAGGUCUGUUGCCUCCAACCCAGAGAUCAAAAACCUGUGCUUUGCAAAACGCCAAUCUAGUAUACCUUGAAAAUAUGGCUAACCAAUUGCAGUUUAGAGAGAUCCAAGAAACCCAAGCGUUGUCAAUCGAUCAUCAUCACACCGAAAAUACCGCAUCCCAGAACUCGGUGUUCAGCUUGGACAAGUCGAUGGUCUCUGAAGACACUACUAUUGUGAGCCACAUGGAAAAACACUAG